UGCUCUAAUGGAAUAAACGGUAGCUGGCAGCAAGGUUGUGAUCCACGCAGUGCCGCGAACGCUGCCGCUCUGAGGAGACACCAAUUCAAUUGGUAAAUGGCACCACUCGAACGCGUAUCCGUCGAGUCCAUUUAAGACAACAGGGCUCAGUACUCCUCUGCCCUACUCCCGACGUAGCAGUGAAGCGUCGAAUCGGCAGUCCGACACCGAUCGAUUAACGAUGGAGUGCAAAUAGAGAAUAAUGGGCCCGACCGACAGUAAAAACAAAAUGGCGCUCGAUACUAAAUCUAGAGUUCAAUUUAAGCUCGAAGCAUAAAAUAACAACGCAACCAUGAAUGGAAUAAGUGUUAACAUGGAUAAAACGAUCGGCGAGGAGAAGAAACCGAGGAGAACGACGGUCAAAGAGAAAUUAAUGCAAAUAAGAGCGAAUAUCACAGUGGAACCCAUCAUAGCGUGCUACAUCAUGUCCAACGUCUUUUCCGGCCUCGCAGUUCAAAAUUUAAACUUAGAAAAAGCGUGUCGAGUUAAUUUAGCAUAUAGCGACGAAAUAUGCUCGGCGCUAAACAAACGGCAAACGGAAAACUACACCGUCGAGGAGGCCGAAGUGCAGAAGCUGACGGCGUCCGUGCAAGCCUGGAAGAACAUUGUGCAGACUGCAUUUCCGUGUAUUUUGGUUUUGUUCGUCGGAUCGUGGAGUGACAAAACUGGAAAGAGGAAGGCCUGCAUACUUCUACCCAUCGUCGGCGAGAUUCUGUGCUGUAUUAGUUUUAUUUUAAACACGUACUUCUUCUACGAGCUGCCGCUAGAGAUCACGGCCCUGUCCGACCUGUUCCCGUCGCUGACCGGCGGUUGGAUCACCGUGUGCGUCGGCGUGUUCAGCUACAUCGGUGACGUCACCACCAAAGAAAUGCGAACAUUCAGAGUGGGGGUGGCCAAUCUGUGUAUGUCCCUAGGGAUCCCGAUAGGGAUGUCGCUCAGUGGGAUCCUUCUUCAGCAGAUCGGAUACUACGGAAUAUUUAUCAUCUCAAACUGUUUGUAUCUGGCGAGUUUCGUGUACGGAUACAUACGUCUAAAAGAUCCUGAACUUCCGGUGGAGAGAAAGCGAGUGAGUACAGAACAACCAGUGGGCUGCCGAGGCUGGUUCGGUUCGUUCUUCGACGCCAGGCACGUCCGGGAGACGCUGACUGUGGCGUUCCGGAGUGGACCCCGAAGGCGGAGGCUGCGGGUCUCGCUGCUCAUCGUUGUGGUCUGCGUUAUAUUCGGCCCGCUACAUGGGGAGAUGAACGUGCUAUACCUUUUCAUGAGGUACCGUUUCAACUGGGACGAGGUGCAGUUCAGCAUGUUCUGCACAUACAGUAUUAUUACGAAUUUAGUUGGUACUUUGUUCUCUAUAAGUAUAUUUAGUGACUUAAUGAAGCUUGACGACUCUGUGGUGGGGAUCAUAUCCUGCACCAGCAAAAUACUCGCGUCCUUCAUAUUUGCGUUUGCCAGCACCACCACUGAAAUAUACAUUGCGCCCCUGGUGGAAAUCUUCAAUGGAACAUCCUUCAUAGCUAUGCGCUCCAUCGCGUCUAAAUUGGUCACCAGCGAGGAACUAGGUAAAGUAAACUCUCUGUUCGGUCUAGCUGAGGCCAUGAUGCCACUGGUGUACGGGCCCCUCUACUCCAGGGUGUACAUGGCUACACUCAACGUACUACCAGGAGCGGUGUUCCUCCUAGGAGCUGCCAUGACUGUGCCGGCCGUUGCAAUAUUUGGGUGGAUGUACUUCGAACAACGUAAAGACAGUAAACAAGUCGAAGAAAUGGAUAACGUGAGCAAAGACAUUUAAAAAGUACAAUAAAAAUUAUCGUGUAUAAUAUAAGUGAUACAUAAAUAUCAAUAAAUUGUUUCUAAAUUA